AUGGUCACGCUAAUUCCGCUGAGUAUUCUCAUUGUCUUUAGUCUACAAAUAAGUCGCGGUCUGCAGCAGUCGGACUACUUUCGUCGGAAGCAGACGGGACAGCCGGAACAUCGUCAAAUUUUUCCGACUGAGAGCGGCAGCGGAGAGAGCAUGAUUGCUGCCAGCAGUGCUGCGCGACGGGUCAAGCUGACUCUUGCCCUCCUGAUUGUCAUAAUCACAUUCCCUCUGUUCAUGCUGCCCCUGGUGCCUGUGUGUAUUAUUCAGAUUAUUUCCUACAACGUCUUCCCCUCUUCAUGCAUCUACUUGGUCGCCCCCCACACCUGCUCCUAUGUGGCGGCACUCGGCUCGCAGAUGAACUCGAUGGCAAACUUCUUUGUCUACAUUGUCUACUAG